GAAACUAUUUCGGUGCUAAGUUUUCCUUUUCCACGCGGGGCCAAGCCAAGAGGAAGUCAAACAUCCUCCCCAAAAUGUGUUCACUUUACAAACUAAAGUUUUAUACUCUGUGAUUUAUUGCCUUAAUUAUUAUUGUUAGUGUUUUUCUGCUCUAUCUGUGAUAUCAAGGAUUUUAUUUAUUGUUGGAUAAAUAAAUAUUCGUUCGCCGCAAUAUGAAUAAGAAAAUCGGUACCAUGAAAUCAGAAGAAGAGGACGAAGCAAUGGGUUGUUCGGACUUACCACCUUCAUCUGAAAUGACCUUCAACGAAAAUGAAGACUGCACAUCCCCUUACAUGGACCAAACCCCGGAAAUCAUGGACCCAAAAUUUUCCCCUAUGCCGACCAAAUUUGACGGGAUAAAUUUGGAGGAUGACAUUGAGAAGGUGGAAGUCACUUCGCACGAAUCUUCCAGUGAAGAAUCGGAGGAUGAAGUUCCGAAAGUUAUACCUAGUUUUUUAGAGCAACAUCCUGCAGAUUCUCUAAAAAAUUGGCUGCAGAAGCUAUCCGCAACCGAACCCCUGAAAAACAUUACCGCCCCUUUGAAAGUCAAUGAGAAUAUAACUAAAAAUCUAGUACAAAACCCCAGUAGAGUAGUUAAGUAUCAAGACUUGCCCUACAUGGGUGAAAUGACGUUGGAUAACUCCAAACCAAGGCGCGGCAGGAAACCCAAAAAAGCCGACAUUUGCCAUUUGAUAUACAAAAACUACGGGACCAUUUUUCCCGGCACGCCAAAUCCCAAGACUUACACCGACAGCAGUACUACGAAAAAACCAGCAGACGAUUUAAAAAGCGACGUACAAAACCGCAUUAUAAGUAGUUUGUUGGAAAAAAGACUGACUCAAGAGAAGAAAGAUAAAGCCCAAAACAAAAACCAACACGAGCCUUUGAAUCUAUGCAUAAGGGAUCUCAACCAUCUAAAAAUAAGACUUUUAAAGAACACCGACAACACGUACACCUCAGAGAUCAAAUCUGAGCCUCAAAGUGACGAUGAUGUGGAGUUCGUACACGAAACACCCUCACCAAGUAUUAAAAACGAAAUGGAUUGUUUAAGCAGUCCAAGUCCAGAUCUGCCCAAAACGCCUGAUAAUGCGAAUGGUUACGUCUACUGGCCUAAUGCGGGAGUUUUCAUCCACCCCAUGGCUUUACAGCAACAGUUAAUGAUGUAUCAAAGACUUGCUAGUAAUGGUAACUGUACUCUACCAAAACCACCCGUAUUAGACCCUAAAAACCUCGCUGAAACUACCACGGAGUUGAGGAAAAUUGUGCCAAAAAUCAAGGUGAAGAAACUGGAAACCAAUGGCAAUGCUGAGGUGGUUCAAAAGUCAAAAAGGACCGCCUCCAGUGUGUCAGAGAAAACUCCCACGAAAAGAAAACGAUCGGCUAUAUUUAUACCACCGAUACAAAGUGAGAACACCUCGAAUCCAGCCACUGAAGUCAGUAUUUGUAAGUUUAAGUUUACCGGCGGGGCAAAGCCCAGUUUGCAGGAGAAAAAAAUGCUCUCCGUGGAUUCGGGAGGUAAUUUUAGAUAUUACAGCGGCACGGGGGAUAAAAGUAUGAGGGGUUACGAGUUUUUCCCCCGGGAAACGUUGCAGCAACAAGCUAACAAUAAUCAGGGUUCAAGCACAGGUGCUUUUUUGCAAGCAAGCGGUGAGAAAAUUUACCCUGUACCUCCGGUGGACUUCGCCCCGUCCAAAACACCUCUGGACUUUCAACUGAACCCAGAAACGAGUCAAGUGGCCUUACAGCAACACCCAGACAAUUCCAGGCAUAGCAAUAAGAAGAGAAAAUCCAGGAAAUCUCUGCAAAGGGAAAAGCUGGAGCAAACCUUCAAGGAGAAGGGUUUUUUAAUACAAACGCAGCAACUCGAGUCCGCCGAAGGUGCUACCUACUGCAAGUUCAGGCAGCUAAGGAAGUUCACCAGGUACCUCUUCCGGAGCUGGAAGGAUUACCUUCCGGGUAACGUGGGGGAAAUUCCGGAAGGCGAACGCCCCGAGAAUCCCAUCGAUCCAAGUGAUAUUGACAUUGAUAACUUAUCGGUGCAUUCUAGUGAGCUGUCUUCGAGUAACGUUCAAUGUUAAAACAGACUAAUUUUUUUGUUAACCAAAGAGGUGAGAAAGGGUGUCGACUAAUAAAACGUAAUCUAGUCUUGUAAAGUUUGAGUACCGUGUACUCUGGAUUUGUUGUUAAUAAUUUUUGGAUAAAAUAAAUGUUGUUGAAUGAAA